GUGAUAGUGACAUGAAUAAAAGUAAUCACAAAGAUGUUCAUGCAUUAAACGUAAAUUUGGGUCUCAUCAAGAAGAAAGAAGAACGUAAUAAUUUCUUACAAAAAUCAUUUGUUCAGGGGAAACAAAGUGGAGGGAAGAUUUUUUCAGAUAUAGUGAACAAAACAAUAUCUACCAAUAGUUCUUCACUUAUUAAUCAGGUUUACAUGGUGCCACUUCCAGAUUUUACCGUAUAUCCCGAGAAAUUUGAAGAUAAACGAGAAGAAUACUGGAAGAUUCCUCUCAGAUUUUUAAAAUUAUUAUUUUGGCCUCGUGGUCAUGUGAUUAAAAAAAAGAAUCACUUGAGUCCAUUCUUGAGAAUGAUAAGAGAAGACAAUAGUGCAGAAAUUUAUGAUAAUCCAUCAAUGGCCGCAGUAAUUGACUUUAAAUGGAACGCAGCAAGAAAUCAUUUCUUAAGACAUGGACUUAUAUACCUUGCAUUUGCAAUAAUUUUUGCAUUGUUAAAUGGUGCAAUUCAAAUAGAACAAGUAGAAGGAGGUUUUGACUUUGUGGGGUUAAUCAUUGCUCUUGUUUUAUUUUAUUGGUUGGGAUUUUAUUUAUUGAAUACUGAAAGAAUUCAAUUAAAAUAUGAGGGAUGGAGAAGAUAUUUUGGACUUUACAAUUUUUUUGACUUGUUUUCAGUCAUUUUUCCAUUAGUGAUAACUAGUAUAAGUUUGUACUAUGAAAUU